AUGUUGUCCAUUGAGCCUUUGGAUUCCCUGAUUCUCGACUUGCCUCCUAGCUGCAUUGAGUUCUGGCCAGUAAACCCCAAAUUUGCGCUGAUCGGCACCUAUAACCUCGAGAAGCAGGAGGCUUCUCAGGACGCCGAAGAUGGUUCUAAUACGAUCGUUGCGGAUAUAGCGGCAGUGAAGAAAACGCAGCAACGCAAUGGCAGUUUGGUCCUACUUCGUGUUGGUGCUGAAAAUAUAGCUGUUCUUCAGACCCUGCCCACACCUUCUGCAAUAUUAGACAUACACUUUGCGCCAUCAUAUCAACCCCCAUCUGUCUUUGGCGUAGCGACUUCGACAGGCUCUAUCGGUCUCUAUCAAUUCACUGGCUCACAGAAUCAUGACCCCUCGAUGUCCAGCAGCUCAGAUGCCGAGCCUUCCAUCUCUCACCUUCGGACUUGUCAAUACUUCCCCGAGGAUGUGCUCGUAACAGCCUUCGCAUGGCACCCGAGCAGACCGGCGGUCGCCAUGUCGCUAUCCUCAGGAGAAAUAAGCUUAGGUGGCAUCUCAGGGGAGACCACUAAUGCUACCUUGUGCACGCAUGACCUCGAAGCAUGGACCAUUGCUUUCACUCCCGAUGGGCUUGGCCUAUAUUCCGGCGGCGAUGACAGUACACUGAGAUUCUCUGACGUGGCAGCGAACCUCCAAUGCGUGCUCGACGAAUCCUCUAUAUUCCACUCAGGGGACCUAAAAAUGCCGUGGACCGACAAAAGAAUUCAUGGAGCCGGCGUCACUGCUAUACUACCUGUUGUGGUCGAGGGAAGAGAGGACCUGGUGCUCACUGGAAGUUAUGAUGAUCGCAUACGGUUAUUGGAGUUACCGCCUAUAGGUCGCCGCACCGUUCUGGCAGAGCUGAGCCUUGGAGGCGGAGUUUGGCGGCUCAAGUUGCUGGAUCUGAAGACCGCCCCUACUUCAGCCGACGAGCAAUGCUCUAUACUCCUGCUAGCAUCUUGUAUGCAUGCGGGUGCCAGGAUUCUAAGGCUCUCACAAAGCGCAAGCGGUAGCUGGCACUUUGACAUACUCGCAAGAUUCGAGAAGCACAAGAGCAUGAACUAUGGCAGCGACUGCCAACCGCAGUUGGCGGAAAACGGAAAAAGGGCGUUUGUCACCACGAGUUUUUACGACCGACUGGUCUGUCUCUGGCAAUAUUGA